AACAAUACUCCGAAGACAACUCUGCCUCUCUGAUACCAAAAAGUUUCGUGCUCCGGUGUUGACAGAUAUCAGGAUUGUCUUGGGGUUAAAAGUUUGUAAAAUAUCGAUGGCGGGCAAUGCGACGGUUUGUCCCAAGCCGAUGAAGGCGACGUCGAACGGGUCUUUCCAGGGCGAGCCCCUGGAUUACGCGCUUCCUCUGGUCAUCCUCCAAAUAUGCCUCGUCGUGGCUUUCACGAGGCUGCUUGCAUUGAUUCUCAGGCCUCUCAGACAGCCGAGGGUCAUUGCGGAGAUCAUUGGUGGAAUCUUGCUGGGGCCUUCGGCAUUAGGAAGAAGCGAGAAAUUCCUGCACACAGUUUUCCCGGUACAAAGCAUGACCGUCCUCGACACGCUCGCAAACAUAGGCCUCCUCUACUUCUUGUUCUUGGUUGGCCUUGAGCUCGACAUCAGUUCCAUCAAGAGAACGGGCAAGAAAGCCCUAGCAAUCGCAUUAGCCGGCAUCAGCCUCCCUUUCAUCCUGGGAAUUGGCACGUCGGUGGUACUCCGGUCCACGAUCUCCAAAGGAGUGAGCCAAGGGCCGUUCCUCGUCUUCAUGGGUGUGGCCCUAUCCAUCACAGCCUUUCCCGUCCUGGCACGCAUACUCGCUGAGCUCAAGCUCCUAACCACUGACGUGGGUCGCAUAGCCAUGUCAGCAGCCGCAGUCAACGACGUGGCGGCAUGGAUCCUGCUUGCACUCGCCAUAGCCCUCUCAGGCAGCAACACGUCCCCGCUGGUCUCCCUGUGGGUCCUGCUCUGUGGGGUUGCAUUCGUGUUACUUGCGAUCUUCGCCCUCAACCCGGCACUCGCUUGGAUGGCACGCAGGUCACCCGAGGGUGAGCCCGUGAAGGAACUCUACAUAUGCAUCACGCUGUCACUCGUGCUGGCCGCAGGCUUCGUGACCGACACCAUCGGCAUACAUGCACUCUUCGGGGCUUUCGUGGUGGGCAUUGUGAUGCCUAAGGACGGGCCAUUUGCCGGCGUCCUGAUCGAGAAGAUAGAGGACCUUGUAUCGGGGCUCCUCCUGCCACUCUACUUUGUGUCAAGUGGAUUGAAGACAAAUGUCGCGACAAUACAAGGAGCGCAGUCCUGGGGGUUGUUGGUGCUUGUCAUUUUCACAGCUUGCUUUGGGAAAAUUGUGGGGACAUUGUCCGUGUCAAUGCUGUGCAAGGUGCCAUUUAAGGAAGCUCUCACUCUUGGGUUCCUGAUGAACACCAAGGGUUUGGUGGAGCUCAUUGUGCUCAACAUUGGGAAGGAUAGGAAGGUGCUGAACGACCAGACAUUUGCAGUCUUAGUUCUAAUGGCCCUAUUCACCACCUUCAUCACAACCCCAGUAGUGACAGCUGUGUAUAAACCGGCGAGGAGAGGAGUGCCGUACAAGCACCGGACGAUCCGGCGAAAGGACCUUGACACUGAGCUCCGGCUGCUGGUCUGCUUCCACAGCACGCGCAACAUACCUACCAUGAUCAACCUCAUUGAGUCGUCCCGCGGGACUCGGAAGAGGGGCCGCCUCAGUGUCUACGCCAUGCACCUCAUGGAGCUCUCAGAGCGGUCCUCGGCCAUUUCCAUGGUGCACAAGGCGCGGAGGAAUGGCCUUCCAUUUUGGAACAAGGUCCGCGAGGACCAGGACCAGAUGGUGAUUGCGUUUGAGGCCUACCAGCAGCUCAGUUCCGUCACCGUGCGCCCCAUGACCGCUAUAUCCCCUCUCAGCACCAUCCAUGAGGACAUCUGCACAAGCGCGCACCAGAAACGGUCCGCGAUGAUAUUGCUCCCAUUCCACAAGCACCAGAGGUUGGAUGGUGUGAUGGAGUCACUCGGCCACUCAUUCCAAGUUGUGAACCAGAGGGUCCUACGCUAUGCGCCGUGCUCAGUUGGGAUACUUGUGGACCGCGGCCUAGGAGGCACAACCCAAGUCUCCGCCAGUGAUGUCUCGUACACAAUUGUUGUGCCCUUUUUUGGAGGCCCUGAUGAUCGCGAGGCACUCACCUUUGGGGUUCGCAUGGCAGAGCAUCCUGGGAUUGUGCUCAGUGUCGUGAAAUUUGUUUUCCCUCCAGGAACUGCAGUUGCAGCACAAGAAAGUAGUGAAGAUGAUGACAGUCCCAACGAUUUGUUAGACUUGACUACCGGCAAAAACGAGUCUAUUACCUAUGAGGAGAGGACUGUGGGAACUAAGGAAGACAUUGUUGCUGCCUUAAAAUCAAUGAGCAGGUGCAAUCUGUUCAUAGUGGGAAGGACGCCUUCCACUGCGCCGGUAUUGGUGGACCGGACGAGUGAUUGUCCGGAAUUGGGCCACGUCGGGGGCUACUUGGCCUCGUCAGGCUUUUCAACCACCGCAUCGGUUCUGGUGGUUCAACAGUAUAACCCGUUGGGGAGUCUUCACCCGCUGGUGGAGGAACAGACGAGCGCAGAUGCCUCUGACGUGCCAGAUACACCAAUGGGACAUUACUCCAGUGCCGUUAAUAUUGUCUGA